AUGCUCUCCCGGAACAGCGACGAGCUUCCCGAGAAAAUCAGUAUCCUCACCCUUAACUGCUGGGGUCUCAAAUUUCUUUCAAAAUACCGCCGUGAGCGCCUUCUAGAAAUAGGGAAGCGAAUCGCUGGUUCCAAUAAUCCUCCGCACAUCGUUGGCCUGCAAGAAUGCUGGACUCAAGAGGACUACAACAACAUCCGGAGGGAAACUCAAGAAAUCCUCCCCUAUGGGAAGUUUUAUUAUAGCGGGAUAUUUGGUGGAGGACUGGCUAUCCUCUCCAAAUGGCCUAUUGAAGAAAGCACAAUGUUCGCCUACCCGUUGAAUGGACGCCCAACAGCCUUCUUUCGUGGGGAUUGGUUUGUCGGAAAAGGGGUCGCAUGCGCAAGGAUCCGUAUUGGGCCCGCAUCUACUGACAUUGCGGAUGUUUUCUGUACGCAUCUUCAUGCUCCGUAUGAAAGGGAACCUCAUGACUCGUAUAUAUGUCACCGCACCGCUCAAGCGUGGGAAAUCGUGAAACUGAUGCGGGCGGCUGCUGAAAAGGGCCAUCUGGUUAUUGGUUUGGGAGAUUUCAAUAUGCUACCGCAAUCUCUUGCACAUCGGCUCAUCACUUCCCAUGCACCCGUAAAGGAUGUGUGGAGCCAUCUCCACCCAGACUCAUCUAUCGGAGCGGCGAUUGACGCCGCUGAAAUGGCACGGAAAAAGCCAAUACCGUCAGCCGAUUUCAACGUACUCGAAAACGGCGCUACAUGCGAUGGCAUCUUCAAUACCUGGCGCUGGAAUAAAACACAGCAGAAUAGACUCAAACGUGAAGGAAAUAUAGUCGUCGAUGGCGAACUCCCUGACCCUCUUGCAAAACGUCUAGACUACAUAUAUGUCGGGGACGGUGCCUUCGGCCAAUUUUCCUCCCCCAAGAAAUGGACCAUUUCUUCCGCAAGGGUAGGCAUGAUGGAACGACAUCCAACCCUCCAUUGUUCAUUGAGCGACCACUUCUCCGUCGAAGCUACGAUAGUACUAGAUACAUCAAAGGACUCCGACGCUGAAGACGAACAGAACUCGUUCCUCCCCAUUCAGAAGCAUAUUGAAUCCAUCCGUUCCCUACGUUCCAUAUCGCCCAUGGGUUCAACCACCCUUGUAACAGCUACGAAUGCCACCUCUCCUACGAAUACUGAGAUAGCAAGCCAACAACAGCAAAUUGCACUUGCGGAAGAUAUGUACGACCAAGUUUUACAGAUGAUUUCCACCUACGCUGCACGAGAGCGCUUCCAACGACGUGCCCGUCUCGGUCACUUUGCUGCCUCUCUCGUCGUGUCCACCUCCUGCUUUGUCGGUGUAUGGUGGUCUCCUCGAGCCUUUGUCUCUUUCAUUCUCUGCCUUGUCAGCUCGCUUAGCCUCGUAGCGGGCACCAUUGACGGGCUGAUCGGAGGUUUGUUCGUGAGCAGUGAGUUGCGAUCGCUAAAAGAGUUUGAGUGGGAGAUCCGCAAUGCAAGGAGGACCGUGUUGGGCUUAGGAUUGGACAUUGAAGAGGAGCAUAGGUCACCGAGAUCUGCGCCGCGGGGUUGGCAUCGCUGA